UGCUAACUGCUCUCUCCAUUGUGCGACUACGUUCGUUCUCUGUGCGGUUGUCUGAACGAGUUAUAUCAGAAUAUAGAUGGCAGAUAAUACAUCAACAACUAGUUCAUUGGAAGGACGACAUGAAGAGCUAUGGAUGGACCAAGGCCUCCUGGAAGCAGCCACAUACGGCGAUUCCGCAUCAAUGAAAGCCAUGGCAUCGCAGGAUCCAGACAUGCUUCUUAGAACAACACCAGCUGGGAACACCUGUCUUCACAUAUCGUCCAUCCAUGGCCAUGAGGCAUUUUGCAUGGAUGUAGUGGCCCUGAAGGAGUCUCUUCUCACUACAGUAAACGUGGAUCGAGAGACGCCACUUCUCGCCGCGGUGAAAAGCGGUUUUGUUAUCUUGGCUUCCGUUCUACUCCGAUUGUACUGUGAUCCGCGAUUGAGCAAGGCAAUCUUGGAAAAAGACAUUGAGGGUUGCAAUGUACUGCACCAUGCCAUUCGCAGUGGCCACAGGAAGCUUGCGCUGGAGCUGAUAAAAGCACAGCCGGCUCUGUCAACACAUGUGAAUAGAAUGAACGAGUCACCCAUGUAUAUCGCAGCGAUGAGGGAUUUUACUGAUAUUUCAGAGGCUUUACUUGAAGUUCGUGAUUCUGCUCAUAUGGGACCAUGCGGCCAGAACACUCUGCAGGCCGCCGUGAAAAAUGGAAACGCAGGUUUGGCUAAGAAAAUUAUGAAAACACGUCCUUGGCUGGCCAAAGAAGCCGAUAAGAAUGGUUGUACUCCGCUAAGUUCAGCUGUAUAUCGUGGCCUGGUUGACGUAGCACGAGUAUUGCUGGAACAUGAUUUCUCUUUAGGGUAUGAGGUGCCAAUGAACGGUAAUCCUUUCCUUAGUUACGCUGCAUAUGAAGGUCACCUCGAUGUUGCUCAAGAGCUUCUUAAACAUUGUCCUGAUACUCCUUACCGAUCAACACAUGAUGCCCGUUGGACAUCCCUCCAUGUAGCUGUAUACGAGGAUCAAGUGGAGUUCACAGAAUUCCUUUUGAGGACCCCGCAACUUCGGAAACUCAUUAACAUGCGAGAUUCCAACGGGAAAACUGCUCUACAUUUGGCAGUAGAGAAGUGCAAUCCUAAAAUGGUUGUUGCUUUGCUGUCUCACGAUGAUAUAGACACAACUGUGCUUGAUAACGAAGGUGUUACACCAGCUUGGGUAUUAGCUCACCUCAUUGAUCAUGCCAAGACUUUAAACUGGAAUGAAGUGAGCAUGCUUAUGGUGAGAGCUGAUCCCCGAGAUGCCAACACUCUUUAUAAUCUUCACACGCAUACCAAACACAAAGCGGCCUUGGAAUCAAGGAAGGAGGCGAAAUCACUAACUCAAACAUACACAACUAACACUUCGCUAGUCGCCAUCCUCAUCACUACAGUCACGUUUGCCGCUGCCUUCACCCUGCCUGGAGGAUACAGCAAUGAUGCCAGAAGCGAGGGAGUUCCCAUCAUGUCUCGGAAGUUUGCAUUUCAGGCAUUCUUGAUUUCUGACGUCUUAGCAAUGUGCUCCUCGUUUGCUGUCGCCUUCAUAUGCAUCAUAGCAAGGUGGGGGGAUUAUGAGUUCUUGAUUUAUUACAUAUCCGCCACUAAGAAGCUCAUGUGGUUUGCAUACGUGGCAACAACUACGGCUUUUUCAACUGGUUUGUACACGGUGCUGGCUCCACAUCUCCAUUGGUUGGCUAUUGCAAUUUGUCUUUUGGUAGCUUUGUUGCCCAUUCUCACGAAACUGCUGGGCGAAUGGCCGGUCUGGAAGCUCAGAUUACGGUUGGGUAAAGCUUUCAACUCACACCUCCUUGACAUGGUGUGACCUCAACAAUUCACCUUAUGGUUAUGCUUUUGAUAAUACUGUGCAAUUUAUAUGUAAUGAACAUUGUUUAGCCGGCUACUCCUUUUGUUAACUAAUUGGGACAAGACAUUACUACGGUUGUUCUAUUUGUUCCAAACUCGGGAGAAACUAUUAUACUCUUCUUCUUGUAUUCCCACUCAAA